AUGAUGGAUCUUGUCAACAUCUUGCUGGCAAAGCCAGGAGCUGCGUCCUUGUCCUCUUCUCGACACGGACCCCCAAGUGCCCAUCCUGCGCCCAUCCAGAAACGCGUUUCGUCGGUUGAGUUUCGGAUUCUUGAAGAAAAGCAUACAACUGGAGAGCCCGUCACCGGAGAAGCCGCCGCUGGAGAAGCCAUUGUCGGAGACGGUGUUAUCCUCUACGGACAAAACUACGAAAUCGACAUUGCCUCUUACAAGUUCAAAUUGAUCUGGCGUAAAUUCUCUGAUGUUCCAGCAACCAACAUCGAGUCUCUCAAAGCCCUCACAAACCAAGGCUACCAGAAAUCUCUCCAACUAGUUCAGCAUAUAAGAUCACGCGACCGGCCAACUGAGUACGACGUUUCCGAGGCGCAGUCGUGGCAUAUUACCAGACUAAUCGCGUCAAAACGCCCUCUUUUCCAGGACAUUGACCAUCUCCGUGUGCUAAGAGCCGAGGGAGCCUUUGGCAAAGUGUAUAAAGCGGUUGAUCAGAUCUCUGGCCAGAAAUUUGCCAUUAAAGUGGUUAAGCUCAAGGCCUCUCCGAGCGGCGACAUUGAGACAGCGCGAGCUCUCCUCCACAGAGAAAUCAAGAUCAUGGAGAGGGUAAAGCACGUACACAUUAUUGAAUAUCUAGGCCACCAACACUUCCAUACUCUUAAGCCCGAGAUCUUCAUGCCCCUACGCGAUGGGUCCCUAACUUCGCUCGCCAAAUCGUUAAGCCUAUCCACGGAAUCUGAGAGUCUCAGCCUAGUUGUCCUAGAACAAAUGCUCGCUGCCCUUGACUACUUGGCCAAUGAGAACUUAAUCCACCGGGAUGUAAAGCCUGAUAACAUUCUCUACUCUAAACUAAGCGAGGGUGGUUAUCAUUUCCAGCUGGCUGACUUUGGACUCACCCAUCACCAUUCGCUAGCCAAAUCACCCUGUGGCACCGGCUACUUCCAAGCCCCUGAGCUCUGGCCUCGGGUUUCAAAGGUCAACGCCGGUCAAAGCACCAAACUAGACGUAUGGUCUCUCUUUACACUUCCGACUAUCACGUUGUUUUGUGCAAACUCAGAGCUAAAGCUGAAGUCUCGCCAAUGCUCGAGCCCAUGGCGAGGCUACAUCCAGACCGUCGGGCGUCAGCUGCACAGAUGA